GGAUUAUGUGAGGAGUGAGUUGGAAUCAGGCUAUGAAGGACCAAUGUACUUGGAGCCUCUCUCUAUGAAUCGUUUCAUGACUGCUUUAGUAGGGCAGCUGGUGGUGUGUACGCUCUGCUCCUGCGUCAUGAAAACCAAGCAGAUCUGGCUGUUCUCUGCGCACAUGCUCCCUCUCCUGGCACGGCUCUGCCUCGUCCCGCUGGAAACCAUCGUCAUCAUUAACAAAUUCGCCAUGAUUUUCACUGGUUUGGAAGUUCUCUACUUUCUGGCAUCAAAUCUUCUGGUGCCUUAUAACUUGGCAAAAUCUGCAUACAGAGAGCUUGUCCAGGUGGUGGAGGUGUAUGGUCUCCUGGCGUUGGGAAUGUCUCUGUGGAACCAGCUGGUUGUCCCAGUGCUUUUCAUGGUGUUUUGGCUUGUCUUAUUUGCUCUUCAGAUCUAUUCCUAUUUCAGCACACGGGACCAGCCUGCCUCCAGAGAGAGGCUCCUCUUCCUCUUCUUGACCAGUAUUGCCGAAUGCUGUAGCACUCCCUACUCGCUGCUGGGCUUGGUCUUCACAGUCUCUUUUGUGGCUCUGGGAGUUUUGACUCUCUGCAAGUUUUACUUGCAGGGUUACCGAGCAUUCAUGAAUGAUCCUGCCAUGAACAGGGGAAUGACAGAAGGAGUCACCCUCCUGAUCCUGGCUGUGCAGACAGGUUUGAUUGAGCUCCAAGUUGUGCAUCGGGCGUUCCUGCUCAGUAUUAUUCUUUUCAUUGUGGUGGCAUCCAUACUUCAGUCCAUGCUGGAAAUUGCUGAUCCCAUUGUCUUGGCAUUGGGCGCCUCGAGGGACAAGAGCCUGUGGAAGCACUUCCGAGCUGUCAGCCUCUGUCUGUUCUUACUCGUGUUCCCUGCGUACAUGGCCUACAUGAUUUGUCAGUUUUUCCACAUGGAUUUCUGGCUGCUGAUCAUUAUCUCCAGCAGUAUUCUAACCUCUCUUCAGGUGCUCGGGACACUCUUCAUUUAUGUUUUGUUUAUGGUGGAGGAGUUCAGGAAAGAACCAGUGGAAAACAUGGAUGAUGUGAUUUAUUACGUAAACGGCACUUACCGACUGCUGGAGUUCCUGGUCGCGCUGUGCGUGGUGGCGUACGGCGUCUCCGAGACCAUCUUUGGGGAGUGGACUGUGAUGGGCUCUGUCAUCAUCUUCAUCCACUCCUAUUACAACGUGUGGCUGAGGGCACAGCUGGGCUGGAAAAGUUUCCUUCUUCGCAGAGACGCUGUGAAUAAGAUCAAAUCGCUACCCGUGGCCACCAAAGAGCAGUUGGAGCAACACAAUGAUAUCUGUGCCAUCUGCUACCAGGAUAUGAAAACUGCUGUAAUCACACCAUGUAGCCAUUUUUUUCAUGCGGGUUGUCUUAAAAAAUGGCUGUAUGUGCAAGAAACCUGCCCUCUGUGCCACUGCCAACUGAAGAGCCCUUCACAGAUACCAGGACUGGGACCAGAGCCAGUGCAGCAGCCAAAUCCUAGCGCAGAGCGAAACACCAGGCCUGGAGAUGCAGCUGAGCCUCCUGGUGUUGACUGUGACAAUAGGCCAAGUGUGAGAGACAGCCCGAGCAGGGACAAGGGACAGGCUGCUGAUGGACACGACAGCCCGGAGGCCUCUGCCCAUCCGGGAGGGUCUCACAGCAUGGACAGUGACACAGGCCCCUGUGAGACCAGCCAGGGAGCAGCUUGUGCUGCAGAACUGCUUGCAGCCCCAGAGGGGUGUCCUGCCCAAGAUCUGGGCAUUUGUGUCCAGCUCUGAGAUCCACGUUUGACUCAGAAGAAAACCAGUCCUUCCACAGCUGUGAAAGAAGUGUAGCUAUUAAAGCUGGUCAAAAAUGUAAUCUCCCAUGCUGAUUUUUAUGGGCUGCUUGGUAGUGGUAACUCCAGUGAGAUGUAGUAGAGAUGACUCCAGAAGCUCUCUGAACUGUGGGCAUAGGAAGGAUGUCUGGCAAUAAAUUGCAGUGAGAGUGUUUUCAAGACGUAGGUGAGGGGUGAGAGGAGCGAGAGGUCUGUGAGAGGCUGUAGCCAGACAGACACAACCCUGGUUUGGUUUUGGUCUGGAAGAGGGUGUUGCAUACAGCCAUGUCCCAGGGUCCUGAGGUUAAAGGCCAUGAGUUGCCAGUCUCUGACGUGCAGCUUUGAUUGCUGACAGCAUUUUUUUAUGGCACGUGAGCAAAAAUCAACAGAUGUAACAGCAGUGAUUGUACCAAAAGAUGGAAGCACUCUUAAUACGUCCUGUGUAUGCUUUGGGUGUUCUUGGUGGGGCAGUUGCAUUUGAAUUCAUGUAAUCUAUAGUGACUCUUGACUUUUAUGAUGGAGUCGUCAAUAUUUUGAUGUAUAUGAAACUUUUGCUAACCAUGGGCACAGUCUGGGCUGCAUGAAGUAAACUAAAGCUCUAAUGAACACUUUGAUCUCUGCUACCAUGUGUGGGAGGAAAGUGGGAUGAGUUUUAGGGCACGGAUAGAGUCCUUGCAGUACUGUGCUGUGUAAUGUUUAAUCCUUGCAGCUGAAUUAAAACAGUAUUAAACUCUGGCGAUAUUUGCACUUUGGGAAUGAGUACAUUAUUGUGUAUGAUCAGACUCCGCAAAUGCCACUUUUAAAGCUGUUAAUAGGUUUGCACCUUUUUUUUUCAUUGACAAGGACAUGUCCAUACUUAAAUUUUUACAUUCAUCAUGGCUUCAAGUAGGACAAGGGACUGGGGUGGGGGCAUAGGUGGGAGUAGGGGGCAGGCAAUUUUUUUAUGUGAAUUUUGAUAUGAAGAGAAAUUAGUCACUUAUUUAUACGAUAGGCUUGACUCAAGUGUUUUUCAAAGUCGGUAUUCCUAAUGUGAAAUGUGAUACUAUUUUAUUUUUAGUAGUAAAUUUGGAUGUAGACUGACAGACAUAGCUGAAUGUCUUAAUAAAUUACAUUUGAAGAUUUU